UUCAAAUAUUAUUUUGAAAAGUAAUCACGCCACUAUCGUAAGAUACAGAUACAAAACGUGGAAGAAUACUUUCAAAUCAAGUAAUGAAUUGAAAAGCUACUGGAGAUGACCAUAUCGAUGUAAAUGAAUGAACAACGAGUAAGAUCAGAUAGCAGAAAAAAUCAUGGAUGGUCAGGAGAAAUCAGCAGGAACAAUGGAGAAUGCUGACCAGACAGGAACAAAGCAACCAUUACCAGAAACAAAACAACCAUUGUCAGAAACUAAACAACCGUUGUCUGGAAUAAAGCAACCUAAGACAGAAUUCUAUCUAGACCAAGGAAAAGAUAAUGUGCUGCCUGAAGCAAGAAAAGCAUCCAUAUCGCAUAGGAUGUCGGGGGUGCACCUGAGCCGUAUGAACAGUCGAGGCAGUCGUGUGAAUGUUUACAAUUACAAGGACUUUUCUAUUGCCACACCUGAAGAGUUCGUCAAGAGAUUUGGUGGCACCACUGUCAUAGAUAAGGUUUUGAUUGCAAACAAUGGCAUAGCUGCAGUAAAAUGUAUGCGCUCCAUACGUAGAUGGGCCUAUGAGAUGUUCAAGAAUGAGCGAGCCAUUUCCUUUGUUGCUAUGGUUACUCCAGAAGAUUUAGAGGCCAAUGCAGAAUAUAUUCGCAGUGCUGAUCAGAUGUUUCUGGUGCCAGGAGGAAGUAACAAUAAUAACUAUGCCAACGUUGAACUGAUCUUGGACCUUGCCACUAAAAGAGCCCAAGUACAGGCAGUAUGGGCAGGCUGGGGACAUGCCUCAGAGAACCCCAAGCUUCCAGAACUUCUACACAAGAAUGGUAUAGCAUUCAUAGGGCCUCCUGAGAAGGCCAUGUGGGCCCUGGGGGACAAGAUUGCCUCAUCCAUUGUUGCCCAGAGUGCAGGACUGCCAUGUCUGCCUUGGAAUGGAGAUGAGUUAACUGUGGACGUAAGUGAGGAGGACUUGGCAGCAGGUAUUCCUGUUACUGUCCCUGAAGACAUCUACCGCAAGGGCUGCUUGGUAGAUGCUGAGGAUGGCUUGGCCCAUGCGCAGAGAAUUGGCUUCCCAGUUAUGAUUAAGGCCUCAGAGGGGGGAGGUGGCAAGGGAAUUCGUAAGGUGGAAGACCCCAAUAACUUCACUAACAUGUACCGCCAGGUUCAAACUGAAGUACCUGGAUCGCCCAUUUUUAUUAUGAAACUAGCUACAAAUGCUCGUCAUUUAGAAGUACAGCUACUUGGUGAUAAAUAUGGAAAUGCUAUUUCCUUAUUUGGGCGUGAUUGCUCCAUACAAAGACGUCAUCAGAAAAUCAUUGAAGAAGCUCCUGUAUCAGUGGCACCACCUGAGGUUGUCGAUCAAAUGGAAAAGAGUGCAGUUCGUCUGGCUAAGAUGGUUGGCUAUGUGAGUGCAGGAACUGUGGAGUAUCUCUAUAACCCUGAUGAAGAGACCUACCACUUCUUAGAGUUGAACCCACGUCUACAGGUUGAACACCCCUGCACUGAGAUGGUAGCAGACGUUAACCUUCCAGCUGCUCAAUUACAGGUUGCCAUGGGUAUCCCACUGCACAGGAUCAAGGAUAUCAGGAUGCUCUAUGGGGAGGAGGAUCCUUGGGGAACAAGCCCCAUUGAUUUCAACCAAGUAGAGACCCCUGAACCCAGAGGACAUGUUAUAGCUGCAAGAAUCACCAGUGAGAAUCCAGAAGAGGGGUUCAAGCCCAGCUCUGGUACAGUGCAGGAGUUGAACUUCCGGAGUAGCAAGAAUGUAUGGGGCUAUUUCAGUGUAUCCGCAGCUGGGGGGCUACAUGAGUAUGCAGAUUCCCAGUUUGGACACUGUUUCUCUUGGGGUGAGAACAGAGAGGAUGCAAGAGAAAAUAUGGUUGUGGCAUUAAAACAACUCUCCAUUCGAGGAGAUUUUGGGACAACAGUAGAGUAUCUGACAAAACUGCUAGAGAUGCCAGAAUUCCUUGAUAACAGCAUAGAUACAGGCUGGCUUGACAGACUCAUUGCAGGGGAUGGCAUCAAAAUAUCAUCAGAUAGAAGCAGACUGGACCCCCUUCUUGGUGUAAUGUGUGGUUCUCUACAUGUAGCAGACAAAACAACAAUGGCCAAUAUACAAGAACUUCAAACUGCAUUAGAGAGAGGACAGGUGCAGACAGCUAACUCUCUCAAUGGCACAGUAGUGGUAGAGCUCAUACAUGAAAACAUCAAAUAUAUCUCCAAGGUGACCAAGACUGGGCCAACAGGAUUCUUCAUUGUCCUUAAUGAUUCAUCAGCCGAUGUUGAAGUUCAUCGUUUGAAAGAUGGUGGGUUAUUGGUUUCAUUUAAUGGCUCUAGCUACACCACAUAUAUGAGAGAGGAAGUGAGCAACUAUCGAAUCACAAUCGGGAACCAGAUGUGUGUAUUCGAGAAAGAAAACGAUCCAACUGUACUGAGGGCACCAUCUACUGGCAAGUUGAUUAACUAUACUGUAGAAGAUGGGGGACAGGUUUAUCCUGGAAUGGUGUAUGCUGAGAUUGAGGUGAUGAAGAUGGUCAUGGAAUUGAGGGUGCAAGAGUCUGGCCGUUUACAUUAUAUGAAGAGGUCGGGAGCCAUCCUAGAAGCAGGUGGCAUAAUGGCCACAUUGACUCUUGAUGACAUUAGCAAGGUCAAAAUGGCACAGCCAUAUACAGGGGGCCUACCAGUAUUGAAAAAUCAACCCAACAUGGGUGACAAACUGCACCAUAUAUUCAGCAAGGCCAGAACGAGGCUUGAGAACAUCCUUGCAGGGUAUACACUUCAGGAGCCCCAUUUUUCAAGCAUGCUUGCUGAUACGAUUGAUACUUUGAUGAAGUCAUUACGAGACCCUUGUCUCCCUCUAUUGGAACUUCAGGAGCUUAUUUCAAUGAUCUCAAGUCGUAUUCCGCAGAAUGUGGAGAAAAAUAUCAGAUUUUUGAUGGGCAAAUAUCGCAACAAUAUCACAUCAGUGCUGAGCCAGUUUCCAAGUCAGCAGAUUGCCAAUGUAAUAGAUAGCCAUGCAGCUACUCUAUCCAGGAGGCAAGAUAGAGAGAUCUUCUUCACUACCACACAGAGCAUAGUGCAAUUAGUACAGAGAUAUAGAAAUGGAAUCAGGGGCCAUAUGAAAGCUGUAGUACAGGAAUUGAUAAGGAGAUAUCUAAUGGUAGAGGUGGAGUUUCAAUGUGGUCACUAUGACAAAUGUGUGGACCAAUUACGUGAGAAAUACAAGGAUGACAUGUCUAAAGUGGUUGCACAUAUAUUCUCACAUUCCCAAGUCCUGAAGAAGAACCAAGUGGUGGUCUCCUUGAUUGACCAGUUGUGUGGCAAAGAACCUGGUGUUACAGAUGAACUACAAGUGAUCCUCACUGAAUUGACCAGGCUUAGCCAGGCAGAAAAUGCUAGAGUUGCCUUGAAAGCUAGACAGGUGCUUAUUGCGUCAUAUCAACCUCCUUAUGAACUUCGUCACAACCAAGUAGAGUCCAUCUUCCUCUCAGCAAUAGACAGUUACGGACAUCAAUUCUGUCCAGAGAAUUUACAAAAACUCAUUCUCUCAGAGACAUCUAUAUUUGAUGUCCUCCCUAAUUUCUUCCUUCACUCUAAUGAGAUUGUGCGCAUGGCUGCCCUAGAGGUUUAUGUUAGACGGUCAUAUAUUGCAUAUGAAAUCAAUUGUAUACAGCAUCACCAGCUUAAUGAUAGCUUAUGUGUUGUGGAGUUUCAGUUCAUGUUACCUGCAUCACAUCCUAACAGGGUACUACAAAGACAAUCAUGUGUGUCAAUGCCAAGGAUCCCUAGCAUCAGCGAAGAUAUGAAUCUUACCAUGGGGGACCUGCCACCCUGUCAGAGAAUGGGAGCAAUGGCUGCUUUCCACUCAUUCAAUGAUUUCACAAGAUACUUUGAUACAGUGUUAGACAGGUUUAUGAUGAACUCUCCCCCAGACAGUCCUGGUAUGGCAGAAACCAUGGACUUCACCACACCUAGCCCCAACAUAGAGAAGAAGAUAACAGAUGAACCCAUACAUAUUCUGAAUGUUGCCAUCAAGUACAGCCAGAAAGAGCAAGAUGAGGUCUAUGCCAGGCUAUUCCAGGAGUUUUGUGUUGCUAAUAGGGCCAAACUGAAAGAGAAGGGAUUGAGGAGGCUGACAUUUAUAGUAUGGCAUACAAGAGGGUUCCCCAAGUAUUUUACAUAUCGUGCUAGGACCAACUUUGAAGAGGACAGAAUUUAUAGACACUUAGAGCCAGCUCUGGCAUUCCAGCUUGAGAUCAACAGAAUGAAGAACUUUGACCUUGAGGCCAUAUCAGUGCCAAACUCCAAGAAACAUCUAUAUCUUGGGAGAGCAAAGCAAAUUGCCAAAGGUCAACAAGUUACAGACUUCAGAUUCUUUGUACGUUCCAUCAUCAGGCAUUCUGAUCUUGUCUCCAAGGAGGCAUCCUAUGAGUAUGUCCAAAAUGAGGCUGAGAGAACACUCCUGGAGGCCAUGGAUGCUUUAGAAGUGGCCUUCUCAGAACACUCAGAUAUCAGCAAGAAGACAGACUGCAACCAUAUCUUUCUGAACUUUGUCCCCACCCUGACACUGUCUGACCCUGCCAAACUGAUGGACACCAUAAGAAGCAUGGUCCUCAGGUAUGGGGUAAGGAUCUGGAGGCUUAGGAUCUUACAAGCAGAACUCAAGAUGACAAUCAGACUGACAGCUAAUGGUCAGCGGACGCCUAUUCGUGUGUUCCUCACCAAUGAGAGUGGUUACUACCUUGACAUAAGCAUGUAUAGGGAGGUGACAGAUCCAAAGUCUGGUCAGGUAAUGUUUCAAGCCUGGGGCACUAAACAAGGGCCCCUACAUGGCUAUGCCCUGAGUACCCCCUACCAAACCAAAGACCACCUCCAGCUCAAGAGAUUCCAAGCGCAAUCUAAUGGAACAACAUAUGUUUACGACUUCCCUCAGAUGUUUAGACAGGCACUAAAGCUGAUCUGGGAAGAACAUCAGAAGCUCCAUCCAGAUGUUGUGAUACCAGAAAGUAGUGUUACCUGUAUAGAGUUGGUUCUAGAUGCCCAAGGAGUGUUGUGUGAGAUCAACAGGGUAUCUGGAGAAAAUGAGAUUGGAAUGGUUGCCUGGCGAAUGACUCUUUUUACCCCUGAGUUCCCUGAAGGCCGUGACAUCAUAGUGAUCAGCAAUGACAUCACACACAAAAUAGGAUCAUUUGGGCCCCAAGAAGAUCUACUCUUUCUGAGAGCGUCAGAGCUAGCCAGGGCACAAGGCCUGCCCAGGAUAUACUUGUCUGCCAAUAGUGGGGCCAGGAUAGGCCUAGCUGAAGAGGUGAAGGCCUUGUUCAAAGUGGCCUGGGAAGAUCCAAAUGAUAUGGACAAGGGAUUCAAGUACAUUUACCUGACACCUGAUGACUUUAAGAAAGUGAUGUCAUCAGUUAAGACUGAACUGGUAGAGGAAGAUGGUGAAUCAAGAUACAGAAUCACUGACAUCAUUGGUCAAGAUGAUGGUUUAGGAGUUGAAAAUUUACGAGGAUCUGGGAUGAUCGCUGGCGAGACCUCCCAGGCUUAUAAUGACAUCAUCACUAUUAAUCUGGUGACAUGUCGAGCAAUAGGAAUUGGAUCUUAUCUAGUCAGACUGGGCCAAAGGGUCAUACAAGUGGAGACAUCCAAUAUCAUUCUCACUGGAUUCAGGGCACUUAACAAGGUGCUUGGACGGGAGGUGUACACAAGUGAUAACCAGUUAGGAGGAGUACAGAUCAUGCAUAAUAAUGGUGUCUCACAUGAUAUAUCACGUGAUGAUUACACUGGAAUCUAUAAGAUACUGAACUGGCUCUCAUAUAUGCCUAAGUGUAAAGAUGGCCCCUUACCCAUAAUGAACAGCAUUGAUCCUGUAGAACGAGAGAUAGAGUUCACUCCAACCAAAGCUCCCUAUGAUCCAAGAUUUAUGUUGGCUGGUAGGAAACACCCAGAGAGUGGUGCAUGGCAGUCUGGUUUCUUUGAUCAUCGUUCUUUUGAUGAGAUUCUCCAGCCCUGGGCACAAACAGUGGUGGCUGGUAGAGCAAGACUAGGUGGUAUUCCUCUAGGUGUAAUAGCAGUAGAGACACGUACAGUUGAUGUCACCAACCCUGCCGACCCUGCCAACUAUGACUCACAGGCCAAGCUGAUACAGCAGGCAGGACAGGUGUGGUUCCCAGACUCUGCCUACAAGACGGCUCAGGCUAUCAAGGACUUUGACCGUGAACAGCUUCCUCUUAUGAUCUUUGCUAACUGGCGAGGUUUCUCUGGAGGCAUGAAAGAUAUGUAUGACCAAGUGUUGAAGUUUGGUUCAUAUAUUGUCGAUGCUCUACGUGAAUUCAAACAACCAAUCCUCAUCUACCUGCCACCCUAUGCAGAGUUGAGAGGUGGGGCCUGGGUGGUUGUAGACCCUACAAUCAACCAGAACAAGAUGGAGAUGUACGCAGACAGAGAAUGCAGGGGAGGUGUGCUUGAGGCAGAGGGCACAGUAGAGAUAAAAUUCAAAAAAAGAGAUCUGCUAAAAUCAAUGCACAGGAUUGACCCUGACAUCAUCAAGUUGAGUAAGCAGCUUAACACUGAAGAUAUAGCUUCAGAAACCAAGGCAACUAUAAAGAAACAAAUCAAGGCUCGUGAAGAACUAUUGUUACCAGUAUACCACCAGGUGGCAGUGCAUUUUGCAGAUUUACAUGACAGAGCGGGACGCAUGUUGGAAAAAGGAGUGAUCUCAGGUAUAUUAGAAUGGAAGACAAGUAGGACAUUUUUCUACUGGAGGUUAAGACGCCUGUUACUAGAAGCCCGUGUGAAGGCCAUGGUAACCAAGGGCAACAAGGAACUGACUGAUGCUCAAAUAAAAUCAAUGUUGAGUCGUUGGUUCCUGGAAGCACAGGGAUCAGCCAAUGCCUACCUCUGGGAGGACAACCGAGCUGUUGUGGACUGGUUGGAUACACAGCUAACAUUACCAGAAGACCAGUCAGUCAUACAUGAGAACAUCAAAUUCCUGAAGAGGGACAAUGUGCUGCAGCAAAUAAGAAGGCUGGUUCGGGACAAUCCUGAUGUAGCAAUGGACUCUAUAGUGCAUAUAACACAACAUAUAUCUCCUAACCAGAGACAAGAAGUGGCCAACAUUCUCUCCACAAUGGACACUCAAGCUUCAACAACUUAACCUGACAUGUGUCACAGUGGACAAAUGUCACAAUGGACACAUGUCACAAUGUACAUUUUUCACAAUAUACAGAUGCUUCGAUGAACAUGUCACAGUGGAUGUGCCAAAUUUUAUGUAUACAGAAAUUUUUAGCACAAUGCUUGUAAUAUUGUUAUUUAUGUGUAUCUCUCUGUCCAAGAAUUCAGAGUAUUGUGCCCUGCCCAAUAGUGUUCUAUACUUUACCAUAGUUUCAUUAUAUCAUGGCCCAUGACAAACGGAUAUCAAUGCAUCAAACAUUUUGAUACAACAUUCCAUUUUUGAAGAUUCAGUCAUUAUUCAAUUUGAAAAAUGAAUAUUUAAUAUAUUAAUUAUUUCCUGUUAAAAUGUAGAAGUGAGGAUAUUUCUUGUUUGUUCAGAUAAACCUUGAUUCAGUACAAAUCUGUAGUAAUGUACCCACUUCUUGUACAGUUUAUAUGUAUUAAUUAUAGAAGUAAAGUUUGCCAAAUACGGCAAACAUUAAAUUGUAACUUAUUGUUCAAACUAUAUGCAGUGACUUUAUAGAAUGUAAUAUGAAAUGUAUUUUUAGCAUGAUUACUUAAGGUUCGCAAAUGGCCAGACCCCCAUGUGAUAAACAUUCUGCUUUGUUGAAUGCAUUUAUAUUUGCAUUAUGUAAUAAUUUUGACCAUCCAUGAUUGGAUUGCUGAAAUGUAAGCUGAAUGUGUCUAUUUGAUAAAAUUGUUUUUGUUUAAGUUUUAAUUUUAUUGAAAUGAAAACUAUAUACAUUAUAUUGAUAAAAUGUACCAUUUACGCACAAUAUUUCUUACUCGAGCAUACAGAACAAUAUAGUCAUGUAACAUUAUUGCUAUGGAUACUAGAAUAGUAAAAUUGUGGAUAUGAUUGUUUUAUAUUCACAGUGAUUUGAUAGGGUAAUAGACUGAAUGAUAGAAUAAUAUAUUUGAAAUGUUUUACUUGAGUGCUGCUGGAAAACUAGGUGUGUGUAGUAAAAGAAAAUUGUAAUAAACUAUCAAACUCAAGUUAA